AUGAGAGAAAUUGUGCAUCUACAAGCUGGUCAGUGUGGAAACCAGAUUGGUGCUAAGUUUUGGGAGGUGAUUAGUGACGAGCAUGGUAUCGACCCAACUGGCACAUACCAUGGUGACAGUGAAUUACAAUUGGAUAGGAUCAAUGUUUACUACAAUGAAGCUUCAGGUAAGAUACAAUACAUAUUUGAAAUGGUUUGUGGUGGAAAAUAUGUUCCCCGGGCUAUAUUGGUUGAUCUAGAGCCAGGCACAAUGGAUUCUGUGCGGUCUGGACCUUUUGGCCAGGUCUUUAGACCAGACAACUUUGUUUUUGGGCAGAGUGGUGCAGGUAACAAUUGGGCUAAAGGUCACUACACUGAAGGUGCAGAGCUGGUGGACUCUGUCUUGGAUGUGGUGAGGAAGGAGGCUGAGAGCUGUGACUGCCUCCAGGGUUUCCAGCUUACACACUCUCUGGGUGGCGGCACUGGCUCGGGCAUGGGCACUCUUCUCAUCAGCAAAAUCCGGGAAGAGUACCCAGAUCGCAUUAUGAACACCUUCAGCGUGGUGCCUUCCCCAAAAGUAUCCGACACUGUGGUUGAGCCCUACAACGCUACGCUAUCGGUCCACCAGCUUGUAGAGAACACAGAUGAGACCUACUGCAUCGACAACGAGGCGCUGUACGAUAUCUGCUUCCGCACCCUGAAGCUCACCACUCCCUCGUACGGCGACCUCAACCACCUUGUGUCGGUCACCAUGAGCGGUGUCACCACCUGCCUCAGGUUCCCUGGACAGCUAAACGCCGACCUGCGUAAACUGGCUGUCAACAUGGUGCCUUUCCCCCGUCUGCACUUCUUCAUGCCUGGCUUCGCCCCACUUACAAGCAGAGGUAGCCAGCAGUACAGGGCCCUCUCUGUGCCGGAGCUCACUCAGCAGAUGUUUGAUGCUAAAAACAUGAUGGCCGCCUGUGACCCACGCCAAGGCCGCUACCUCACCGUAGCCGCCAUCUUCCGUGGCCGCAUGUCCAUGAAGGAGGUGGAUGAGCAGAUGCUUAAUGUCCAGAACAAGAAUAGCAGUUACUUCGUGGAAUGGAUCCCCAACAACGUCAAGACCGCUGUGUGCGACAUUGCUCCUCGUGGUCUCAAGAUGGCUGCUACAUUUAUUGGCAACACUACAGCAAUCCAAGAGCUGUUCAAGCGCAUCUCUGAGCAAUUCACAGCAAUGUUCAGGCGUAAAGCUUUUCUUCAUUGGUACACCGGUGAAGGCAUGGAUGAGAUGGAGUUCACUGAGGCUGAGAGCAACAUGAAUGACCUGGUGUCAGAGUACCAGCAAUACCAGGAUGCCACUGCUGAGGAUGAGGGAGAAUAUGGUGAGGAUGACGAUGAAGAUAUUGCUUAA